AUGUAUUGGCGUGUGUGUGCGGCGGUCACAGUACUGGUGUUAGUGUUAGUGGCUCCGAUGGGCCGGGCCUGUCCAAGAACGUGCAACUGCUACCAGGCCAAUGAGGUCCACUGUACCUUCCGCUCCCUGCUCGCCAUACCUGCCGGCCUGCCUGCACACACACAACGCAUCAACCUUGGCUUUAACAGUAUCAGCAGGAUCCCUGACAACUCGUUGGCUGGCUUAAAGAGGGCAGAGCUUUUGAUGCUCCAUGGCAACGACCUCCACCACAUUCCAGAUGGGGCGUUUCGGGACAUGAAAUCACUCCAGGUAUUAAAGCUGAGUUAUAACAAGCUGAGGGAGAUCUCCUCAGCUCUGAUGUUUUCCGGCCUGACCUCUCUGCUGCGCCUUCACUUGGACCACAACCUCCUUCAGCACAUCCACCCCCGGACCUUGCUGCAGCUGCCCAGCCUCAGGCUGCUCCGUCUGCAGGGAAACCGGCUGCAUCAGCUGCAUCCUCACACUCUCUGCACGCUCUCCCUGCUGAACACAUAUUACUACUCCACCCUCAGACACCUGGAUCUGUCCAACAACAGUCUAACCGUCCUGCCCAGAGAUGCCAUAGUGACAGCGCCCCUACUGGAGUCUCUGGCACUGCAGGCUAAUCCAUGGAGUUGUGACUGUAGGAUGAAGUGGUUUCUUAGCUGGAGUCUGGCUCACCCAGGGCUGAUGAAAUGUGGUAGAGGUUCUCAGUGUCCAGUCUGUGCCUUGCCGAAGCCCCUUCAAGGGCAGGGCUUUCUCCAGCAGACCGACCUAUCGUGUACCCCUCCUGUAAUCUCCUCUCCAGGAAGAGACUCACCUUCUGAGGCAGACCUUGGGGAGAACCAACCAAUUGAAUCUUUCAGAGAGCCUUUAGGUGCUGCCUCUCUGGGUCUAUCUGACCAUCAGGGGGACAGUGUUGAUCUGAGUUGCAACAUUACGCACUCCACCAACUUUCCAGAUAUUACCCCUCCCUCCGACCCUUCCCUGCCCUCGUCUUCUCCUCUUUCCAUUGUUCUCUCCCUCUCUCUCGACUGCCCUGUGGAGAGAGAGAGUUACGAGAGACUAUGGAGGAUCCUGGCGUACUACAGUGAGACGGCAGUUCGCCUUGAGAGGGAGAUUAUGCUGAGUAAAGCCCCUGCACUGGCGUACCGUUACAGGCAGGUGGCUGAGACAGAAGGAUAUUACAACACCGAAGUUCGAGCCUCUAUUAAAGCCAAACCGCACUGGCUUCUACAGCCUGCUAUCAGCAUUCAGCUUAACAGGGCACAGUCCAGCAGACAAAAAGUCCAGCUUAUACUGACAACCAGAGUGUCUGCGCGCCCAGACCCCAUUUCUCACACGUCUUCAUCAUCAUACUCCCCUUUUCUUCAUCCAUGGGUUCUGAUUCCAACUAAUCAUACGGCUACAUCUGUAGCGGCACUAGUGGGCAGUAGGGCAGAAAUAUCUUGCCCCAUUCUCAGCUCUGGCAGUCCCACUUUACAAUGGAUUCUCCCAGAUGGAUCAAAACUCAUUUCCCCCUCCAGCAGUCCAGAUGGUCGGCUCUGGGCCUCAGCCUCUGGAUUACUGAUACGCAGAACAGAGUCUUUAGAUGCUGGCCUGUACCUUUGUGUUGCCCAGGCAGGGGAAGAUGUGGAUGUACUCCCCGUGAGGCUGGCUGUUGAAGAGUCCUCUGUCGCACCCCCUGGAGAGCAAAUGGGGCCCUCUGUCACAGGAGUGAUUGGGGAUGCUGUCAGUUUACCCUGUGAGGUUUCUGGUACACCAAUACCUGAUGUUAGCUGGUUGUUGCCAGAUGGGAAUAUGAUACAGUUUGGCUCAUCUGUGUCAGGUGGAAUCACUAUAAAAUCAAAUGGGAAUCUGUCAUUGCCCCGCCCAUCUUUGAAACAUGCUGGCCAAUACCGUUGCAUGGCAGUCAACCAAUAUGGUGCAGACUCUCUUUCAAUGUGGCUAGACUUAAACUCCAGAAGUGCCCCUUCUCUUAGCUCUUCAUUUCCCAGGGGUCCACAGUCAGCUGCUGGCCAAUCAACCAGGAUACGAGUCCCGCUCCUACGAAGACCUAAUGUAGAAGAGGGCUCAGGGGAUGAGGAAGAUGAAGAGGAGGCAAGGGUUCCAACUGGCAAUAGGAGGCGUCCAAGACCUCCCCAACUCCCCCUGAACCAGCGUUAUCCAAUUGGACAUCCACGAAGACGCGGGCCUGUGAGAGGAGGUCCCCUGAGAAGAGGAGGGGCAGUGUUAUCCCCCUUUGAACAGAGAAGAAACCGCUUUGAAAACAGAAACAGAGGUAGCGCAACUAAACAAAGAAUAGACCCUCAGAAAUGGGCUGACCUAUUGGCUAAAAUACGCCAAAGGACCGCCCUCAAUACCACCAGCCAGCCAAGCAGUGGUGGAGAUGCAGGAGCUGAACCGAAAGAGAAUGACAAUGAGAAAGAGAAUCGCCGAGGAGGCAACGAGGAAGACAGCAACAGAGAGAAAGGAAAAAUUGAAACUGAAGGAUCAUCCAUCGAUGAUGCAAGUUUGCAAGAGGAAGGCUUACAUCCAAUUCACAUAGAAACAGCAGAAAAAGAUGAACGACCACAAAGACCAGGUCUUUCUAGACCUCAGCCUCAGAGCCCCCAGCAGGGAUUCUUUCCCAACAUGGUUCCCAACUCACGGUCCCAAAGUCCCUGGAACACUCGCAGAAGGCUGGGACCUCGGAGAAAGAUAAACAAUCGAAACAGAGGGCGGCCUUUAACCCCACCUCAACCUCUACCUGACCCCACAAGCCAGAGAAGUGCAAGUAUUCCUAUUAGUACAACAGCUACAACUGUCCACACCCCUACUGUUGUGUUCAUAACACCUAUUCCUGUAAGUACUGCAAGUACUACUAUUCCAACAACUACGCCUACUACUACUACUUCUGCUACUAGCACUAUUCCCACAACAACGGCAACUACUAUGACUUCUUCUACAACGACAACACCCUCAACCACAACAACUACUCCAACAACAGAUAGGACAACUACUAGUACUACUUCUGCUAGUGUCCAUACUAUACCCACCACUACCACAUCCACAAGUACCAGAGGAGAGAGGCCCAGCCCAGGACUAGUUGACCCCAGACGAAGGACUGUUUCUGGGACUCCAAAUCAGAGCCGUCCCCCUCCUGAAUGGAAAAGCCCUGGGGCUAAUUUUAUUCCUGAUUCUCAUAGCAGCAGGCCCCGUCUGCCCUCCUCUCCUCGCCUCCCUGCCUCACCCAGGGUCCCAGUUAUGAAAUCCAGACCGAGGAUAGCUGAUCCCCAUAUCAGGACAGUAUCUGCCCCAGCAGAGAGCACUGCCGGGCUGAACUGUGAGGCACAGGGUGAACCUCAACCCUCCAUCACAUGGAUCAAGGUCUCCACAGGGGCAGUGAUGUCAGUGCACUCCAGGGCUCAGCGGUUUGAGGUCUUGCCAAAUGGCACCUUUGUCAUCCAGAAUGUACAGCUGCAGGAUAGGGGGACAUAUAUCUGCAGUGCACACAGCUCCCUGGGCCGUGACAGGAUGCUCACAACCCUGGAGGUGUGGUCCCGCCCUCCUCGGAUGCAGCUGGUCAAUUACAGAGAAGCUACUAUUCACCAGGGAGGAGAGCUGCAUUUAGACUGCCAGGCGGAUGGCGUACCGACUCCUCUGCUGUCUUGGGUUCUCCCCGACCGCUCUGUACUGACCCCUACUGACUCCUCCCACAGUCGGAUGGUCAUGCACAAAAAUGGGACACUCCACAUCUCAGUGAUAUUGCCUAGUGACCGGGGCGCAUAUCGCUGUGUGGCCUCCAACUCUGCGGGUGCAGCCAGCAACUCUGUGCGUGUGCAUGUGUCUUCACUGCCGCCUGUGAUCCAUCAAUCUGCCGAGGAGCAUUUGGUUCUGACUGCCGGGAUGCCUGUUUACGCCCACUGCUCUGCCCGGGGGGCCCCACCUCCAACACUACGCUGGCGAAUCCCAGAUGGGACCCUGGUUCGCCCGUCUCAGUUUCUCCAUGGCAACAUCUUCAUCUUGCCCAAUGGGACGCUGCACAUCCGGCGACUGGAGCCAAAGCAUGCUGGAAGUUAUGAGUGCAUGGCCAGUAAUGCAGUCGGAUCUGUGAAGAGGACCAUAAGGGUGGAGCUGCAGGGAGGGACAGAGGGAGCUGUUACUACUGCUCGACAACCAAACUCUUCCGCUACACAACAUAAAGGUGGAGCCCCUUCCCUCCCUAUACCCUCCUCAAAUACACUCAACUCCCCUGAACUUUCCCUUCCAUCUUCUCCUUCAGACAGAUCCAGGACCUCACUGCCCUCCCCCGGCUCUUCUGGUUCUCCUCUACCCCCCUUUCACCCCCGCCUGCCCGAUUCCCCUCACUCGCCUCUGGAAAAUAAAACCUUAAUCGGCAUCUCUCCCACACACUCCUCCACUUUCAAUGACAUCAAAUUCUCCCCUCUCUCCCCAUCCUCUCCUCUCUACCCCUCCAACCCCACAAAUAACACCAAACUCUCACCUCCCAGUGUAACCAGCGCAAAAGUCUCCCCUUCUGCCCCAACUGAGAAGAGCAGAGGCCCUCCUCCUCUCCCAUUCCCACCCAUCUCCCACCUCAGUAAGGCUCGAAUCACCUCCAGCUCACCCUCUGUCACCUCAGUCCACUAUGGGGGGUUCUUGCAUCUCCAUUGCUCAGUAUCUGGCAACCCAACCCCGACCAUCAUCUGGAGGACACCCAAUAGGAAACUGGUGGACAUGCACUUCAGUUUUGACAGGCGCCUGAAGGUGCAGCCAAAUGGUAGCCUGUCUGUUCAGGCGGUAACAGAAAAAGAUGCUGGGGACUAUCUCUGUAUCGCACGUAACAAGGUCGCUGAUGACUACCGCCUCCUCCGCGUCUCUGUGGCAACCAAACCUGCUAAGAUCGAGCCAAAGCAACCCUCUAACCAGAUGGUGUCUUUGGGUGGAUCCCUGAAGGUGGACUGCUUGGCAUCAGGACUGCCUGACCCAGCUGUCAGUUGGAGCCUACCAGAUGGAACCAUGGUGAACAGUGUAUUGCUGCGGGAAGACAGAGCGGGACGCUCAAGGAGGCUGACAGUGUUUGACAAUGGGACAUUACUGGUGCCAACAGUGGGUAUGGGUGAGGAAGGGGAGUAUACAUGCUAUGCCAAGAAUCAAGGAGGACAGGAUACCAUGAAGGUAAAAGUCAAGGUCAUGAUGACCUUACCGCCAACUUUCACUGACAAUCCAAGCUAUAAGGUCAUCAAAGUGCGACAGGAAGCGACUGCUGCCUUUCGCUGCCAGGCUGCAGGAGAUCCCACCCCCAAAGUGACAUGGUUCUCCCCAAACAACCGCGCCAUUCCUCGAAGUUCUGGCUUAGACUACCUUUCAGAGCGGGUUGUAGUGAAAUCAGAUGGAACUCUGGAGAUCCGUCUUGCCCAAAGCACGGAUGCGGGAAACUACACAUGCCAAGCAAGCAACACAUUGGGGGAGAGAAGCAGGGUGGUGGGCCUGGAGGUGGAGAUUCCCAAUAAUGGACCGACUAGCAUAGUGGGCGGGAGUGGAGUGAGUGUGAGAGUCAAUGGGAGAGGAGGUAGUAGUAGUAGUAGUAGUAGUAAUAAUUCUGGUGGCAGUGCUAACACAGGUAUCACUGGUACAAGUGCUACUAAUGGAGGUACCAGUAACUCCACUAGCCCAGUGGUGAGUGUAGUCACAUCAGUGAAGCAGAGAGCAGUAAAAGGACACACUGUCAUAUUACCAUGCCCCUCACAUGGUUCCCCUCCUCCACGUUUGGCCUGGCUUCUGCCUGGUAAUGGCAUUUUAUCGGCACCUUAUUAUGGGAGCCGGCUCACCGUCUAUCGUAACGGCUCCUUGGAGCUCCGUGGUGUGCGGGCGAGUGACAGUGGAGAAUUGGUGUGUGUGGUGAGAGGAGAGAUAAGGGUAAAGGUAGAGCUGGUGGUCUCAGAGACGCAGGAGGAGGCCACAGCUCAGCAUGGAGGAACAGCUGUAGAGAAACCUACGCCAAGAGGCCCAGGUUCAUUUACUGCACCUCACUCAGGUGGCCCACCAGCUUCACCAGAAUCAGCUCACUCCCAGGGCCCACGACCUGUGUUCCCUCAAACACUUAAUUCAAGAAAUCUAGUUACUGAAAAGCCUCCACAGAGAGCUUUGCUUACACCUGCUGCACCUCGUGCAGUAGGCCCAGUGCUCGGCUCAGGUGGCCCAGGCUCAGAGCCGGUGAGACAGCAGCCAGUGGUGAACACCAGAACGGCCUCCCUGGUUACCAUCAUUAAUGGGGAGAGCCUUCGUCUGUCCUGCAAAGCUUCUCCACACUCUGGUUAUAACCAGGGGUCUCUGUCCUGGACCUUGCCCAGUGGCGAGGUGCUGUCCCGGGGUGAGAGCAGUGGUGGAGGUCAGUAUUCAGUCCUAGAGGAUGGAACCCUUAUUGUCCAACAGGCAUCUGUGUUUGAUCGUGGCUCCUACGCCUGCCGAUCCACGAAUCAAGAAUCUUCCUCCACAUCGGUUGUUACAGUUCCUGUAAUCGUCAUAGCGUACCCCCCGCGCAUCACAACAGGACCAUCGCCUGUGACCUACACACGACCUGGGGUUGCCUUGGAACUGCCCUGCCUCGCCAUCGCAACACCUCGAGCGACCAUUACAUGGGAGACGCCGGACCUGUCGCAGCUUAGGGCGACAGGUCAGGCACGUAAUUAUGGCAACCGUUACCUUAGUGCCCACGGAUCCCUGGUUAUACAAAACCCGACAAGUAGAGAUACUGGGUUCUACAGAUGCACCGCAAAGAAUGUCAUUGGGGCCGACACAAAGGCUACUUACUUGCAUGUUGUAUGAUGGACUGAUGCAUGCACUUCCGCCCACAUGCAUGUGUGCACAGACUUGUAGAGACAUAUGUACCCAAGCAACACACAUGCAUACACAUACACACACACACACACACACACACAC